CGUCUCACACCUGCUCAAGAUUCCCUCCGUGUCCGAUGAGCAUUCAGUGUCUUCGGAGCUCCGGUUCCGUGCGUAUCGUUUGAUAAUAUCAUAUCACAGUCUGUACGCCGUGUGCGCGGGUUCGCGGUGCCGCCGUCGCGCGUAAAAUCCAUCGUUGCCGGUGCGGUUGCGUUAAUAUUAAUAAUAAUAAUAAUAAUAAUAAUAAUAAUAAUGAAUAUAAUUAUAUAGGUUGGUACCUCCUAUUUUGAUUUUUCGCCCGCCGCCGAUUUUGGUUCAGUUUGUUUUAGUUUUCGUCGUCCGCCUUUGUACGCCGUAUUCGUCCGCCGUUGCUUUUGAAAAAAAAUAAUAUUAAUAUCUCGAUAAAUCAGUUCGCCUUUCGCGUUUUCCGACCGAGUGCGUUGUACCGUCAAAACAGUGCGCGUUCGUUUUGCCGGUUUGACCGACGUCAUCGUGAGGUCCGCACAAUCGCCGUCGCAAAGGCCGAAGGUCCCACGUCAGACUUGCGGAGGAUAUUUUACGCGCAGCAGGAUCUGGACACAAGGCGUUAUCCACUGUUGAGAAUCACGCUACAGACGUAUAAUAAUAUAUACGCGCGUCAUUCAUUGUAACGUACAAUAUGACUAUGAAUGUCGGAGACGUUCAAUACUGUCCGACAUAACAUGGACGAACAGAUCAUUACCCAAGGACAAUGAUGCCGUCGCUAAACAAAAGAAUAACAGGAUAAAAAGCAUCAUGUUUAACAGAAAUGUUUUCAAACACCAACGAUCAUAAACAAAAUUUGACACAAGAUUAUCUAAUUAUCUAUUCGAGUUUAAGACUUUUACUUUCAAGUGUAAUGUCAUCGAAACGUAAAUCGCCGCCGUCCAAGUUGCUGGAGAACGCCACGAGCGCACCGGACACGACAACGACGGCCGAGACAACGGUUGCAGCGACCGCGGUCGAAGAGAACGGUAGCGGCAGCAGUAGCGGCCACUCGGACGACGGUUACACUUGCAGCAACGGUACCGAAGUCGUCGACAACUGCGAAACGACCAUGGAAACGGCCGCGGUCACCGCGUCAGCCGUGCAGACGGCGGACAGGAGCUGCGGCAGCCCUGUCGUGGCCAACAGCCCUCCGCCGUCGUCGGCGUCCGCCCGGCCGGCCAGCAGUAGCGGCGGCACGUCGCCGUCGCCGUCGUCGGACAGCGAGAACAGCAGCAGCGGCGGGGGACGGUACGCUUCCGGUUCGUCGCCCGUGGGCGGCAGCGGCCGACAGUCGUCCAACAACAGCAACAACAACAACAACAAACGCCAGCGCACCGAAAGCCCAUCGUCCGCGGCGGGCUCCGCUGCGGCCGCGGCCGCCGUGGCCGCACUCAGAGUGUCGCCGUUCGCCGCGUACUCCAGACAACACGCCCCGGGGUCGUCGCCCCCCCAGCACCAGCAGCCCGCACAUCCGCCGCCGCCGCACAUCGCGUCGUUUUUGACGCUCAACCACGGCGCCGCUUUCUACGAGACGGCCGUGGCCGCAGCGGCGUAUGAACGGGCGCUCAUGAACGCGGGCGGCCAUCACGUUCAGCAGCAGCAACAGCAACAGCAAAUUCCCACUUCGUACCAUCACAUGAUGGACAACGUGCAGGCGGCGGCGGUGGCGGCCGCAGCGGCCGCCGGUUCGUCGUACUUCGACAUCGAACAGCGUUUACUCCGCAAAGGCGGCGCGGACGAUGCCGAAAAACUCGCUCAUUUCAUGCACCUGAACAACAACACUUUCAUGCACAACCACAACAACAACAACAACAACAACAUCAACAACGCGAUGUCUCCGGCCGGCGGACCGGCCGUCAAGCGGACCAUGGACGACGUGCUCAAGAAGCUCUCGUCGAAAAAACACAUCAGAGACGAACACGGCGGCGCCCCGGUGUCCGGCCGUACCGAUUCGCCUUCGCCCAAAACCAAUAAACCGGAUAUUGGCACUCUGACAGAACACGGCGAAGAUCCUUCAGGAGCUCCUCCAGGCAUGGAGUUACUUCAACACUUGCAAGGUGAUACUACUACGAUAGUCGAAAAAGAACGCAAACUGUCAGAGAUGAUAUUGCAAUUGCAAUUGUUUCGGGAACAACUCCUUACUCAACAAGAUCCUCCGACCAAGUUCAACAACCAGAAAAAGUUAUCGCCCUUUCCAAACUCUCAGUCGCUGUUCUUCCUGCCGUUAUUAGACCAACUGCGCGGCCUGUCACACUGUUCCAACGCGACGGCGCUGGCCAGUCAACAACAACAGCAACACCAGCAGACCUCGACUACGACGGCGUCCACCAAUUGCAACGUCAUGCCAACAGCUGUAUGGUCCAACAACGGCCGACCACCAUCCACGUCAUCGGCCAGCCAAUGUUCUAUGCAACUGCAACAGGAACAGCAGCAGACACCACCACCGGUCCAGACACAGCAUCAGGCAACGAACGCCGACCCAGACGCGCCCCUGAACCUAACUAAGCGCAAGUCGCCCACGCCGCAACCGCAUCCACCAUCGUCGACGACGCCGCAACACCACCUCCAACAUCUCCAACAGCAGCACCACCAGCAGCAGCAACAGCAGCAACAGCAACAACACCAUCUCCAGCAGCAGCAGCAGCAGCAACAGCAACUGCAACACCAGCUGCAACAACAAGCCAACAACAUGUUCGCCCCGAGGAGUUCGGGCGGCGCCGGCUGGAACUCAUCGUCGUCUUCGCCACCAGCCACUACACCAGGAACUGCCAACAGGCGGUCAGGUUCCGGUCAGGGAUUGGUCAGCCCACCAGCCGCGGCCACGCCGAAACUCCUUCCGCCACCUAUACCGAUGCCUAGAGGAUUUAUGCCAUACGCUGGCAUACCACAGCCUCCUCCGCCGCACCACUCGUCCACCGGUGGCAAACUAAGCCUAUCGCCCAGUAAGGACAAGAUGUCACCGUACUCAGGAUUCCAACUGUGUCCACCUCAGCUCCACAGGGACGAUCAUUCCGAAAAUAUGGAACUAUCUUGGGGACCCAACGAUCCAAAUUUCAAACUUGCCGAUGAGAGUAGUGAUAGAGGUCGCAUGAUACGGCAGCAAAAGAAAGAUGGCGAACAUAUCAAAAGACCGAUGAACGCGUUCAUGGUUUGGGCCAAGGACGAGAGGCGAAAGAUCUUGAAAGCCUGUCCCGACAUGCACAAUUCGAACAUUUCGAAAAUAUUAGGUGGCAGGUGGAAGGCAAUGUCGAACUCAGACAAGCAGCCGUACUACGAGGAACAGUCCAGGCUGUCCAAAUUGCACAUGGAAAAGCACCCGGACUACCGGUAUCGACCCAGACCUAAACGGACGUGCAUCGUGGACGGCAAGAAAAUGCGGAUAUCCGAGUACAAGACGCUGAUGCGACAGCGGCGGAACGAGAUGCGGCAGCUGUGGUACAGAGGCGAGGGGGCCGGUCCUUCCGGUUCCGGGCCGGACGUGGCCGGCACUAGUUUCGGGUAUCCGCCCGACGGGUCCAUAUCGCCGGACUUGAUGUACUCGCCGGCCAACUCGCCGUCGUUUGGCGGCGACAGUCACGACGAGGACUAGGCGGCGUGGCAGCCUCACUACAUGUCUCGCUAUCGCCCGCCCGGCGUAACGUAUUUGUACCGACGAAAGCUGCGUGCGACGCCAUAAUCGCAUGUCCAAGUCACAUCAUCGCCAUCGGUCCACUGCUGCGCUGUUACCGCGCGGUCAUCGGUUCAGAAUGCCCCACUGUGUUCUAUACCGUUCCGACACCCACAAUAAUUCCUCUACGCCACGUCCACGACGACCGGUGAAACAGGCCAGUACCCCACGACUGUCGACAGUACCUGUAAAUUGUAUAUUACACUAUAUAUAUUAAGUACGCGUUAGUAGACAUGGCAAAAGUCUAAAGUAAACCCUCCUCCUCACACCUGUAUGCAUUUUUUUUUUUUUUUAAUAUAUUGUGUACAGAAAAGUGUAUAAAUUUUUAUUAUUAUUAUCAUUUUUUUUUUUUUUUUUUUUUUAAUUACACAAUAUUAUUAUAGUUAAACGAAAAAUCCGAGGAAAAGAUGUCUAAAAA